UCCUCCUCCUCGACUGAGGGAGGCGCGGCGCGAGCGGGAUGUGGCGCGUGCUGGCGCGGCGCGUGGCCCAGCAGUGCGCGGCCCCGCGGAAGGGCGCGCGCCUGGACGGGCAGCCGCUGCGGGGGCGCUCGUGGGGCGGCACCGGCAGCGCCUCCGCCGCCGCCUCCGCCCUCGCCGCCUCCUCCGCCUCCUCCUCCUCCUGGGGGCGCCGCGGAGGGGAAGCGCUGCUGCUCCGGCACCAGGCCCGGAGGGAGGCCUGGCCCCGCACCGCCCCCGCCCGGCACUGGUGCAGCAGGCACCCGCCCCACCAGAAGGUGCCUUUGCCUGCUCUCUCCCCUACGAUGCAGAUGGGGACUAUCGCACGCUGGGAGAAGAAAGAAGGGGAUAAGAUCAGCGAGGGGGAUCUGAUUGCAGAGGUGGAGACGGACAAAGCGACUGUGGGGUUUGAGAGCUCGGAGGAAUGUUACCUGGCCAAGAUUCUGGUGCCGGAAGGAACACGGGAUGUUCCCAUAGGAGCCAUAAUAUGCAUCACUGUGGACAAGCCUGAGCUUAUUGAUGCCUUUAAGAAUUACGUUUUGGAUUCUACAGCAACUGCCCCACCAGCCUCAGUGCCUCCUCCUCCUCCACCAGCAGCAGCUCCCACCCCACCAGCAGCACCAGCCUCUGCUCAGGCUCCAGGUAGCUCCUAUCCUCCUCAUAUGCAGAUUGUUCUCCCUGCCCUCUCACCUACGAUGACGAUGGGCACAGUUCAGAGAUGGGAAAAAAAGGUUGGUGAGAAGCUGAGCGAAGGAGACUUGUUGGCAGAAAUUGAGACGGACAAAGCUACGAUAGGCUUUGAAGUGCAAGAAGAAGGUUACUUGGCAAAAAUCCUGGUGCCAGAAGGUACGAGAGAUGUCCCCUUAGGAGCCCCACUCUGUAUCAUCGUGGAGAAGGAAGCUGACAUCCCUGCGUUUGCAGACUACAGAGAUGCUGGAGUGGCAGAUAUCAAGCCUCCAAUGCCACCUCCAUCUAGUCCUAUUCCAGUGGCAGCUUCUCCUUCCUCUCCAUCCCGGCCUGCAGCUCCUUCAGCCAAGAGCCCUGCACAUAAAGGGAGGGUAAUAGUCAGCCCCCUGGCAAAGAAACUGGCAGCAGAGAAAGGAAUUGAUAUUUCACAGGUGAAAGGUACAGGACCAGAUGGACGGAUAACAAAGAAAGACAUUGACUCAUUUGUGCCAUUGAAGGUUGCCCCGCCCCGGGCAGCAGAAGCAGCAGCACCUCCGCCUAUACCAGCUGCCACCGCAGCCCUCCCCACGGGCGUCUUUACAGAUACUCCAAUCAGCAAUAUUCGAAAGGUGAUCGCCCAGCGUUUGAUGCAGUCUAAGCAAACGAUACCUCACUACUAUCUCUCUGUCGAUGUAGACAUGGGAGAAAUUCUGGUGCUAAGAAAAGAACUCAACCAGGAGAUGCCGCAGAACACUAAGCUUUCUGUCAACGACUUCAUUAUUAAGGCUUCAGCUCUGGCGUGUUUGAAGGUUCCAGAAGCAAAUUCCUCUUGGUUGGACACAGUCAUUAGGCAGAAUCACGUAGUCGAUGUGAGUGUUGCAGUCAGUACCCCAGCAGGGCUUAUAACCCCAAUUGUAUUUAAUGCACACGUAAAGGGAUUGGCUUCCAUUAACAACGAUGUUGUGACAUUGGCAACCAAAGCACGCGAAGGCAAACUGCAGCCGCAUGAAUUUCAGGGAGGAACUUUUACAGUGUCAAAUUUAGGAAUGUAUGGCAUUAAGAAUUUCUCUGCGAUCAUCAAUCCGCCACAGGCUUGUAUUUUGGCAGUUGGUGGUUCUGAGAAAAGGCUUGUCCCAGCGGAUAAUGAAAAGGGGUUCGAUGUCGCCAGUGUGAUGUCUGUUACGCUUAGCUGUGACCACCGCGUUGUGGACGGAGCAGUUGGAGCGCAGUGGCUUGCCGAGUUCAAAAGGUUCCUUGAGAAGCCGGCCACCAUGCUGCUAUAAUCUCUCGGGGCCACCAGGACUUUCUUAGGUCACAUCACUUCAUUCUACAGAAGCUAUUUAUAUAUUUAGAGUUUAGACUCUUAAGACAAAUGUUCCUUUCUUUAUUUUUUAAAAAAUAUAUAUCUAAAAAUAUAUAUAUAUGUAUACAGUUGCUGGUAAUUUAUAUUACCCAUUGUACAGAUUUAAAUGGUUUGCAAGAGGCUUCCUGGAGCCAAGUACAGCUAUACUGUAUUUUAUACAGUGAACGGAUGUGCAAACUUUCCCCCCCUCUAAAUAGUCCAAAGUCUUUUAAAAUCAUGUGGCAGCGCUCAUGUUUCUGAGUAAGGGGACACAGACCCACCCAGCAAAAUGAAUAACUCCUUCUGUGUUGUCAGAAACCAGGGAGCCAGACUGUAAAAGCAAAGGGAAAAAAAAACGGCGUAUCUAAUGGCUGAAAUCUCCAGUCCAGCACAGAAAGUGAAGCUGUUUCUGUGUUCUGUUCUCCUGUCCUUUAGAUUAGCAGGCUGUCGUGAGGGAUAGUAUAGAACAGGCUUCCUAACAGUUCACCUUUCAGCUUAUUUUCUUAAUUCAGUUAUUCAGACUUUUAGCCACAGGAACCCUUUUAAAGCACUUUAAUGCAAAAGGGAAGCGUCAGUCAAACAACCAAAAUUAUACGUCAAAAUUGCAUUUUGAAAUACUUCCUAACGAAAUGCCCCUUAAGUGAAUUUUCAUGACUUCACCAUAUUAUUUUUCUUUUUGCAUUAAAUCUUUCAUGCUUAAGAAACUGCUUUCCUCUACUUUAGUGGAUGCUGCUUCACUCCAGGCAGGAGUCAUUAUUCAGGGAACUGCUGAAGUUCUGUACAAACUUAAACAUAUAAAACAUUGUGGCCUCAUUAUCUGAACUCCAUCAUUAGGGUCUCUCCCCCUAACAGUCUGACCUAGGAAGCUCUAGGAGGUUUUGAGACUAGGUGCAAUCCAACUGGUACUUGUCCUCCCAUUGAAGUGAAUAUGAGGUCACAGUCUUCCUUCAUUUAAACAAGUGUUGUGUAGAAAAGAAGGCCCUGGUGAAUUGUGACCACUGGCCCUAAUCAAAAGUAAGUUAGUUGUGCUUUACUAUCCCACUGAAAUGAAUAGGACAAGCUGGCCGUGAAUCCUGUUUAUUUCAAAGUAGGCACAGCUACCUUUUUCUGGAACAGGACCACUGAUACUUUGCUGUCUUGCCCAACCCAGAAUUUCUUCAGUCCUGUAAAUAGUGUAAAAACAUUAAAUUGCUUGAAAUGGGAUUUUGUUUGAAAUGGUGGCCCAACACAUUUAGGGAUUGUGUCAGUAAUGAGGAUAGACUAGUAGAAAACACUCCCCUGUUUGCUUUCUGAAGGAGAUUUUAAUUUAAAAAGGAGGAUCAUGUAAUUGCUAAGUGACGUGACCUGGAGAGCCAAGUAGGCAGUUAAAUAUGUCCCAGAUGAUUCUGUACCAUAUGCAUUGCAUUAAGUAUUGUCUCUUGUAAAGUCGUGCUACCAAAUCCACUAAAGAUAAUACUCAAGAUUAUACUGUGGAAAUUAAAUAUUUUUCUGAGACCUAACAAAUGUGUUUUUGAUUUGGUUGCAGUUAUGCCUAAAAAGCUUACCAUUUUGGUAAGAAGCAACUUGCACUUAAAUGUCCUGAGUUCUAGACCGGUUCGUUAAGCCGGUUGUGUUCCAUUAAAUGUUUGAAAUUUA